AUGAUUAGCCAAUUCGUCGGCCGGAACUACCGCGAUUGGGACGCCCAAAUACAUGCGCUUCAAUACGCGUUUAAUACCGCGCAGCACGAAGCAACCGGAUACACCCCCGCCUAUUUGAACCACGGUCGAGAACUCCGCAGCCCCCACCCCGAGGACCGCCGUUCACAGCAAACGCCAGCACUCUCUGAAACCACCCACCGCCAACUCGAGGCCGCAUACGACGUGGUCCGAACCAACCUAGCACGCGCCUUUGACCGACAACAAAAACAUUAUAACCUGCGCCGCCGGGCAUGGCGACCCACCCCGGGCGAAUGGGUCUGGAAACGACUACACUCAUUAUCAAAUAAAAAGGACGCGUUUAACGCCAAGUUGACCCCCAAAUACGCGGGUCCACUCGAGAUCAAGAAAAUAUUGUCACCUGUCGUAGUAGAUCUCCGGGACAAGCAAAGAAAAUGGUACCGCCACGUACACGUGCAGGACCUUAAGCCGGCCCCACACCCCAGGCCCGACGCUACCGACCAAUCGGACGUAACCGACAGCGACAGCGAAUAA